AUGUUGCAACUUAUUUCACUUUUUUUCCUUCUCCUACCAUUAGGGGUUUCUUCUCUCUAUGAUGGACCCCUAUAUGACUCAACUGCUUACACUCAGUGCAUUGGGUAUCCUGAGAAGCCACUUUAUGGAGGAGGACUUUUCAAAGACAAUAAUAUUGCACAAAUUAACACCAACAUAGUUGCCAUAUAUAAUCUUACACAACACACUAUCUAUUCUUUUUCUGCAUGGGUGAAGGUUGAAGGUUCAUAUUCAGUUAUGAUAAGGGCAAGGUUGGAAGCAGAAAAUGAUACAUACAACUGUAUUGGGACAGUUUCUGCCAAGCGAGGAUGUUGGUCUUUUCUUAAGGGUGGAUUUGCUCUUAAUUCACCUUCAAAUUCAUCUGCCAUAAUCUUUGAGAAUGCAGAUGGCAAAGACGUUGAUAUGGAUAUAGCAAGUCUAUCACUACAACCAUUUACUAAACAAGAAUGGAGAUUCAACCAAGAAUAUAUAAUCAACACUAAAAGAAAGCGUGCGGUCACGAUUCAUGUAUCAGAUACUAAUGGAAUGAAAUUGCAAGGAGCUUCUGUGCGUGUAGAGCAAAUAUCAAAAGACUUUCCUAUAGGUUCUGCAAUAGCAAAGACUAUUCUUGGCAAUACACCGUAUCAGAAUUGGUUUGUAAAACGUUUCAACGCCGCAGUCUUUGAAAACGAACUCAAAUGGUACGCCACAGAGCCUCAUCAAGGCAGAACCGAUUAUACAAUUUCAGAUCAAAUGAUGCAAUUUGUUAGAUCCAACAAAAUUGUAGCUAGAGGACACAAUAUAUUCUGGGAAGAUCCUAAAUACAAUCCUGCAUGGGUUCUUAACCUUACAGGUACAGAACUAGAAUCAGCAGUGAAUUCUAGAAUAAAAAGUCUCAUGAACAAAUACAAAACCGAGUUCGUACACUGGGAUGUUAGCAACGAAAUGCUUCAUUUCGAUUUCUACGAACAAAGGCUUGGACCAAACGCUACAUUUCAGUUCUUUGAGGCAGCACAUGAAUCAGAUCCUCUAGCAACAUUGUUUAUGAAUGACUUCAAUGUUGUAGAAACAUGCAAUGAUGUAAAGUCCAGUGUUGACGCGUAUAUCUUUAAGAUAAGAGAACUAAGGCAACAUGGUGUUUUUAUGGAUGGUAUUGGAUUGGAGGGUCAUUUCACAAUACCGAAUCCACCGCUUAUUAGAGCUAUUUUAGACAAAUUUGCAACGCUAGAUCUUCCCAUUUGGCUUACUGAGAUUGAUAUAAGCAAGACCCUUGAUCAAGAAACUCAGGCAAUAUAUUUGGAACAAGUGUUGAGGGAAGGAUUCUCGCACCCUUCGGUGAACGGGAUAAUGCUAUGGACAGCACUUCAUCCAUAUGGAUGCUACCAAAUGUGUCUUACAGACAAUGAUUUGAAGAACUUACCAUCAGGUGACAUGGUGGACAAGCUUCUUCAAGAGUGGCAAACUGGUCGUGUAGAGGGAGUCACCGAAGAGCAUGGUUCACAUAGCUUUUAUGGAUUCUUAGGAGAAUAUAGAGUUAGUGUUGAGUAUGGAAACAGGACCAUAGAUUCAACUUUCUCUUUAAGUAGUGGUGAUGAAACUAGACAUGUCACUGUCACAUUGUGA